ACCAAGUGGAACACUGGCAUUACCUUUCUUAUUCUAUUCGUCUUUUUUUUUCAUUUCUCUCUUCUGUGUCGGCUAUAUAUCUGCAUCCGUAUCUGCAUCUCGCUCUGUUCCUACCUAAACGCUCGUUUCGUUUUCGUUUUCUCAUUUUCUUCUAUUCUCUCAUAUUAACACUUUCGAUCUCUUCGCUCACGCUUGAUCCGACUCUGCAUCUCCGGAUUACUAUGACGGAGGAGCAGGUGGUGAAUGUGCGCGGCGAAGUAAGCGAUUCCGUCACCGAUCACCGCAGCGUCAAGGCCAAUGGAGUUGCUCACGGUGUCGGUGGCGAUUUGGAUCUUGCCGCCGACAACAACGGUGCUGCGUUGUCGGAGAAAAUUUGUAAAGAUGCAGUGUCUAACGGUACGGCAGAGGAAGUUUCCGAAACGGCGAUGGUUAAUGUCGUUUCGCGGGAUGAUGAAUUAAAAUGUGCGGAUGGUCAAAACGACACGGGAUCCGUUCAAAACGGCGUCGUGGAGAAUGAUGAUAAGAGUGCUAAUGCUGUUGCGGAGGAGUUGGUUACGGAUCACGAUGAAUACGUUGUCGUCGGUGAUUCGGAUGUUCAGAACGGUGAUGAUGUGAAUGCGAACGCUAACGGAGUUGAGGAAUGCGAAAUGCUGGAUGGUGCGGAGGGUUCGGGAGAUGAAAACGGUGUCGUUGUGAGUGCUGUGGAGGGAGAUGCUGAUGUGAAUCACAGUGAUCGCGAAUUCGAAUGUGUUGAUGUUCACAAUGAUGUCGCGGUGGAAACAGUUGAGGAAGAAGUAACUGCUACUACUGAUCAGAACGUUGGAAAUGGAAAUGACGUUCAGGGAAGAAGUGAGUCUGUAUCUGAUGAAGAUGUGGAUAAAAGUGGGGAAAGUGUAAAUGUCGUUAGUGCAGAUGUUUUGGAUGAGAAGGACAUUGUAACUGAUGGUGAUCAUGAUGCGGAAGAAGUUCUUGAGAAGAAUGAGAUUCUUGUUGAUGCUGAUGGUGUCUCUGCCACUACAGAUUUGAAGCAAUGUGAACCUGAAGAUGCUCGAAACAGUUCAGAGAAGGGGCAGGUUGAGUCUGUCUCAGGUUUGGCAAAGCCGGAGCCAAGUGAAUGCACUGAGGAGAAUGAGAUAGCUAUUGAAGGUGAACCAGGCAGUAAGUUGGAAAGGUCCGAGGAGGAAGCAGGAAGUGAAAUAGUUCCUCAAGGAGAAAAUUUAACAGCCUUAAACAGCACAGAUGUGACUGGGGAUGGUGAUGUUGUGUCUGACAUUGCAGUGGAGAGCAAAGAUGAACCUUCUGUUGAUGUUUGUGAGUUGAAAAGCAUUGCAGUUGAAAAUGAUGUUGAUGUGCAAGAGUUGAAAAAUGGUGCAGUGCAGAGUGAAAUUGUGUCUGAGAUGAAAAACAAUACAGAGGAGAGUGUAGCUGAACCUUCAAAUGGUGCAGUUGAGAGUGAAGCUGAACCUUCAAAUGGUGCUGUAGAAAGUGAAGCUGACCCUUCUAAUGGUGCAGUUGAGUGGGAAACUGAACAUUCAAAUGGUGCAGUUGAGAGGGAAACUGAACAUUCAAAUGGUGCAGUUGAGAGUGUAGCUGAACCUUCAAAUGGUGCUGUUGAGAGUGUAGCCGAACCUUCAAACAGUGCAGUUGAUCGUGAAGAUGAACCUUCAAAUGGUGCAGUUGAUAAGGAAGCUGAGCCUUCAAAUGGUGCAGUUGAUAAGGAAGCUGAGCCUUCAAAUGGUGCAGUUGAUAAGGAAGCUGAACCUUCAAAUGGUACAGUUGAGAGGGAAGCUGAACCUUCAAAUGGUGCAGUGCAGAGUGAAGCUGAACCUUCAAAUGGUGCAGUGGGGAGUGUAGCUGAGCCUUCAAAUGGUGCAGUGGGGAGUGUAGCUGAACCUUCAAAUGUUGCAGUCGAGAGUGAAACUGACCCUUCUAAUGGUGCACUAGAGAGUGAAACUGACCCUUCUAAUGGUGCAGUAGAGAGUGAAGCUGAACCUUCAAAUGGUGCAGUUGAGAGUGUAGCUGAACUUUCAAAUGGUGCAAUUGAGAGUGUAGCCAAACUUUCAAACAGUGCAGUUGAUAGUGAAGCUGAACCUUCAAACGGUGCAGUUGAUAGUGAAGCUGAGCCUUCAAAUGGUGCUGUUGAUAAGGAAGCUGAGCCUUCAAAGGGUACAGUGGAGAGUGAAGCUGGACCUUCAAAUGGUGCAGUGGAGAGUGAAGCUGAACCUUCAAAUGGUGCAGUGGAGAGUGAAGCCGAACCUUCAAAUGGUGCAGUGCGGUGUGUAGCUGAACCUUCAAAUGGUGCAGUGGAGAGUGAAGCUGAACCUUCAAAUGGUGCAGUGGCGAGAGAAGCUAAACCUUCAAAUGGUGCAGUGGAGAGUGAAGCUGAACCUUCACAAGGUGCAGUAGAUAGUGAAGCUGAACCUUCAAAUGGUGCAGUGGAGAGUGAAGUUAAACCUUCACAAGGUGCAGUGGAGAGCGAAGCUGAGCCUUCACAAGAUGCAGUGGAGAGUGAAGCUGAACUUUCAAAUGGUGCAGUGAACCGUGAAGCUGAAACAGCAAGUGGUGCAGUGGAGAGUGAAGCUAAAACUUCAAGUGGUGCAGUGGAGACUGAAGUUAAACCUUCACAUGGUGUAGUUGAGAGUGAAGCUAAACCUUCAAAUGGUGUAGCUGAGAGUGAAAGUGAACCUUCUGUUGAUGUGUGUGAGACGAAAAACGAUGUAGUGAAUAGUGAAGCUGAAACUUCAAGUGGUGCCCUGCAGAGUGAAAGAGAGGCUUGUGUUGUGUCUGAGAUGAAAAACAAUGCAGUGGAGAGUGAAGCUCAACCUUCCGUUGAUGUGUCUGAGAAGAAAACUAAUGCAGUUGACAGUGAAGCUGAACUUUCAGUUAAAGGUGGGCUUUCUGUUGAAAGUGAAGGUAGUAAUCAAGGAGAUGAAGAUUCAAGACCUGCCUCAGAUGCUUUGGAUGGACAGAAUGUGGGUACAGAGGUAGUGAAAAAGCCAUUCUACUAUUUGAUCAGGGUUCCCAGAUAUGAUGAUGAUGAAAACAUAAAAGAGAAGAUAAAAAACGCUCUUCACCAAGUAGAGGAGAAGACUAAAAUUCGAGAUGCUAUUCGAAUCGAAAGCCAGACUAUAAAGGCCAGUUGUAAGGAUUUCGACCAAGAGUUUAGGGCUGCAAUAGCAGCCCAUAGAGCUGCUCGUGACUUGCUCAAAUCCAAACGCCAGGAAAUAGAUUCAGUCCAAUCCACAAUGAACAGAUUAAACAAUGCAAUUUCUGUUGGGGAUAUAGAUGACAAGAUAAGAAGCAUGGAACACAUGAUCCAGCAUGAAACUUUGCCUCUAAAUAAAGAAAAGCAAUUGAUACGCGAGAUCAAACAAUUGAAGCAGAACCGUGAGGAGUUGUCUUCUAAUAUGAAAAAGCAGGAUCAAUCACAACAAUCUGUAGACAACAAGGAUGACAAUAUUGAAGAGCACUUUAAGCAUUUACAGCUUUUGAAGAAGGAAAUGGAAGUGCUUAGAAAUAAUGUUCUGAAGUCAGAUACAGAAACUAAAGCCGCAAAGAAGAAAUAUAAUGAUGAAUGUGAUAAACUGAAUGAGUUGCUAGCUCGAUUUAGGGCCGCUGAUGAUUCUCGUCAAGAGGCAUAUGCUAAGUUACUGGCUUUGAAAAAACAAUUGCAUGAGAAGAGCAAAAAUUUCUGGGAAUACAGAGAUGCUGCAAAUAAAGCACAGGAACUAGCAGCGGGAGGAAAAAAAGAGGAGCUGCAAUGCUUCUGUGUUGAUCAGGUUGAGAGAAUUAUGGAGCUAUGGAACAAAAAUGAUGGGUUCAGAAGGGACUACGUCCGAUGCAACACUAGGAGUACGCUGAGGAGACUGCAAACCCUGGAUGGCCGAUCACUUGGUCCUGAUGAAGAGCCCCCUGUAAUUCCUAAUGUAAUAACUGAAAGAGCUUCCAAAAAUAUUCCCAUGGUCUUGCAGUCAACUCUGGAACAAGAAAAGAAAUCGACACCAACAGAAUCUGUUAAUGUAAAGGAUGAACCUGUUUCGAAGGUUGUGGUACAAAGAACUGAAACGAGUCAGACAACUAAAGCUAAGAAGCCUACCAAACCUGCUCCCUUAGAGAAGCAUGUGGCUCGUUGGGGUGAUGAGUCUGAUGAAGAUGAAGUUAAAAAAGAAGAACCUGUGAGAACAAAGGAGGAAGAGGAGUUGAUACUGAAGGCUGAGAAGGCAAGGAUGGAGGAAGAGGAGGCAAAGUUGAAGGAAAAGCGGAGGCUAGAGGAGAUUGAGAAAGCUAAGGAGGCCCUGCUGAGGAAAAAGCGUAAUGCAGAGAAGGCCCAACAAAGGGCUGCCUUAAAGGCACAAAAAGAAGCCGAACUGAAAGAGAAGGAAAGGGAGAAGAGAGCAAAGAAGAAGGAAAGAAGAAAGGCAGGUUCUGCUGUCACUGCAGAGAAUACAGAACAAGAAUCUGCUCCUAUCCCAGAAACUCUAACAAGAAGCGUGGAAGAGUUUGAACAGACUGAGAAAACAGCUGAGGUAACAAAAAAGCCACAGAAAACAUCUCAAUUCACGAGGCAGACCAAGGUAAAAUCUGUACCCGCAGCUCUUCGCAACCGGGGUAAGAGGCGAAUUCAACCAUGGGUAUGUGUUCUAAUUGCGCUUGUCGUUGCUGUUGCCUUGUUUUAUGUUGGCCAUAACUGCUCUUUGAGAUCUUCGCUCGAAGGCUUUGGUUACUGAGGACACUCGGAAGCAAUCACUGGGCGUUUGUUGGGAAGUUACCCUUACAUAUUUAUGACAUACAUACAUAUAGAUGCAAUUCUUUCUUGCCCUUGCAAUUUUUUCCUGCUAGUUUUUGGUUUAUAGCCAUUAUUUUCUUCAUAUUGAGAUUUGUUACUUUGGAAUGUGAUGUGAUUGCUGAAUGCUUCUGCCACCAAUUAUGAGAAUAAUAAAUUAUUGUGAUUGUGCCUUCUUUAUAUA